GGCCGCCCAGGCGAGGUGCGGCCUCCGCUCAGGCGGGGGGCGUCGGCGCCGCGGGGCCCCGCCAUGGCCGCGUCCGAGCUCUACACAAAGUUUGCCAGAGUUUGGAUACCUGAUCCUGAGGAAGUUUGGAAGUCAGCAGAGCUUCUCAAAGAUUAUAAACCAGGAGAUAAAGUCCUCCUGCUUCGCCUUGAGGAAGGAAAGGAUUUGGAAUAUCGUCUAGAUCCAAAGACCAAGGAACUGCCUCAUUUGAGAAACCCUGACAUACUUGUGGGUGAAAAUGACCUCACAGCCCUCAGCUAUCUUCAUGAGCCUGCUGUGCUCCACAAUCUCAGAGUCCGCUUUAUUGACUCCAAACUUAUUUAUACAUAUUGUGGUAUAGUCCUAGUAGCUAUAAAUCCUUAUGAACAGCUGCCUAUUUAUGGAGAAGAUAUUAUUAAUGCAUAUAGCGGUCAGAAUAUGGGUGACAUGGAUCCGCAUAUCUUUGCAGUAGCUGAAGAAGCUUACAAGCAAAUGGCCAGAGAUGAACGAAAUCAGUCCAUCAUUGUAAGUGGAGAGUCUGGGGCAGGAAAAACAGUCUCAGCUAAGUAUGCCAUGCGAUACUUUGCAACCGUGAGUGGUUCUGCCAGUGAAGCCAAUGUUGAGGAGAAGGUCUUGGCCUCCAACCCCAUCAUGGAGUCCAUUGGAAAUGCUAAGACAACCCGGAAUGAUAACAGCAGCCGUUUUGGGAAGUAUAUUGAAAUUGGUUUUGAUAAGAGAUACCGAAUCAUUGGUGCCAAUAUGAGAACUUACCUUUUAGAGAAAUCCCGAGUGGUAUUCCAGGCAGAAGAGGAGAGAAACUAUCAUAUCUUCUACCAGCUUUGUGCUUCAGCAAAGUUACCUGAAUUUAAAAUGCUGCGAUUAGGAAAUGCAAAUAGCUUUCAUUACACGAAGCAAGGUGGCAGUCCUGUGAUUGAAGGAGUUGAUGAUACCAAGGAGAUGGCACAUACCAGGCAGGCCUGCACUCUGCUAGGAAUUAGUGAGUCUUAUCAGAUGGGAAUUUUCCGAAUACUUGCUGGCAUCCUUCACUUAGGCAAUGUUGCAUUUACAUCUCGGGAUUCAGACAGCUGCACGAUACCUCCCAAGCAUGAACCUCUCAGCAUCUUCUCUGACCUUAUGGGCGUAGACUAUGAGGAGAUGUGUCACUGGCUCUGCCAUCGGAAACUGGCUACCGCCACAGAGACAUACAUCAAGCCCAUCUCUAAGCUGCAGGCCACGAAUGCCCGUGAUGCUUUGGCCAAGCACAUUUAUGCCAAGCUCUUUAGCUGGAUCGUAGAUCAUGUCAAUCAGGCCCUCCAUUCUGCUGUCAAACAGCACUCUUUUAUUGGAGUGCUGGACAUAUAUGGAUUUGAAACAUUUGAGAUAAAUAGUUUUGAACAGUUUUGCAUAAAUUAUGCAAAUGAAAAACUACAGCAACAAUUCAAUAUGCAUGUCUUCAAAUUAGAACAGGAAGAAUAUAUGAAGGAACAAAUUCCCUGGACACUCAUAGAUUUUUAUGAUAAUCAACCUUGCAUUAAUCUUAUAGAAUCUAAACUGGGCAUUCUAGAUUUGCUGGAUGAAGAAUGCAAGAUGCCCAAAGGCACAGAUGACACUUGGGCCCAAAAAUUGUACAACACACAUUUGAACAAAUGUGCGCUCUUUGAAAAGCCCCGUCUAUCGAACAAAGCUUUCAUCAUCCAACAUUUUGCUGACAAAGUGGAAUACCAGUGUGAAGGCUUUCUGGAAAAGAAUAAAGACACUGUUUUUGAAGAACAAAUUAAAGUUCUGAAAUCCAGCAAGUUUAAGAUGCUACCAGAAUUAUUUCAAGAUGAUGAGAAGGCCAUCAGUCCAACGUCAGCCACCUCAUCAGGACGCACACCCCUCACCCGCACUCCAGCAAAGCCCACCAAAGGCAGACCCGGCCAGACAGCCAAAGAGCACAAGAAAACAGUGGGACACCAGUUCCGAAACUCCCUUCACCUACUGAUGGAGACCCUCAAUGCUACUACUCCUCACUAUGUGCGCUGCAUUAAGCCCAAUGACUUCAAGUUUCCAUUCACGUUUGAUGAGAAGAGGGCGGUGCAGCAGCUGAGAGCAUGUGGUGUCCUGGAAACCAUCCGCAUCAGUGCAGCGGGCUUCCCCUCACGGUGGACCUACCAAGAAUUUUUUAGCCGCUACCGUGUCCUAAUGAAGCAAAAGGAUGUGCUGAGUGACAGAAAGCAAACAUGCAAGAAUGUGUUAGAGAAACUGAUACUGGACAAGGACAAAUACCAGUUUGGUAAGACAAAGAUCUUUUUCCGUGCUGGUCAAGUGGCCUACCUAGAAAAACUGAGAGCAGACAAGCUGCGGGCGGCCUGCAUCCGGAUCCAGAAGACUAUCCGAGGCUGGCUGCUGCGAAAGAAGUACCUGCGCAUGCGCAAGGCGGCCAUCACUGUGCAGAGACACGUGCGAGGCUACCAGGCCCGAUGCUAUGCUAAGUUCCUGCGCAGAACCAAGGCAGCAACCAUUAUUCAAAAGUACUGGCGCAUGUAUAUAGUCCGCAGGAGAUACAAGAUAAGACGAUCAGCCACUAUUGUUCUUCAGUCUUAUUUGCGAGGCUACUUGGCCAGAAAUAGAUAUCGUAAGAUGCUCCAUGAACACAAAGCAGUUAUCAUUCAGAAGUGGGUGCGGGGCUGGCUGGCUCGCACGCACUACAGGAGGAGCAUGCAAGCCAUCAUCUACCUCCAGUGCUGCUUCCGGCGGAUGAUGGCCAAGCGUGAGCUGAAGAAGCUCAAGAUCGAGGCCCGCUCUGUGGAGCGCUACAAGAAGCUGCACAUCGGCAUGGAGAACAAGAUCAUGCAGCUGCAACGCAAAGUGGAUGAGCAGAACAAAGAUUACAAAUGCCUCAUGGAGAAACUGACCAACCUGGAGGGAAUAUACACCUCUGAGACUGAGAAACUACGAAGUGACUUAGAGCGUCUCCAGCUAAGUGAGGAGGAAGCCAAGAUUGCUACCGGACGGGUCCUCAGUCUGCAGGAGGAAAUUGCCAAGCUCCGGAAAGACCUGGAACAAACUCAGUCAGAGAAAAAGUCCAUUGAGGAGCGUGCAGAUAGAUACAAACAGGAAACCGAGCAGCUGGUAUCAAGUCUGAAGGAAGAAAAUACUUUGCUGAAGCAGGAAAAAGAGACCCUCAAUCAUCUUAUCGUGGAGCAGGCUAAGGAGAUGACAGAGACUAUGGAGAAGAAGUUAGUAGAAGAAACAAAACAACUGGAACUCGAUCUUAAUGAUGAGAGGCUGAGAUACCAGAACCUUCUGAAUGAGUUCAGUCGCUUAGAAGAACGAUAUGAUGACCUCAAGGAAGAGAUGACUCUGAUGGUGAAUGUGCCCAAGCCUGGACACAAGAGAACAGACUCCACCCAUAGCAGCAAUGAGUCCGAAUACACCUUUAGCUCUGAAAUUGCAGAAACCGAAGAUAUGCCUUUGAGGACAGAGGAGCCAAGUGAGAAGAAGGUGCCUCUGGACAUGUCACUGUUCCUCAAGCUUCAGAAGAGGGUCACAGAGCUGGAGCAGGAGAAGCAGGUGAUGCAGGAUGAGCUGGACCGCAAGGAGGAGCAGGUGCUGCGCAGCAAAGCCAAGGAAGAAGAAAGACCACAAAUUAGAGGUGCAGAACUGGAAUAUGAGUCACUCAAGCGUCAAGAGCUGGAAUCAGAAAAUAAAAAACUGAAAAAUGAGCUAAAUGAGCUACGCAAGGCCCUUAGUGAGAAAAGUGCCCCAGAGGUGACUGCUCCAGGCGCACCAGCUUACCGUGUCCUCAUGGAGCAGCUGACCUCCGUAAGUGAGGAGCUUGAUGUCCGCAAGGAGGAAGUCCUCAUCUUGAGGUCUCAGCUGGUGAGCCAGAAGGAGGCCAUCCAACCCAAGGAUGACAAGAACACAAUGACAGAUUCCACAAUACUUUUGGAAGACGUACAAAAAAUGAAAGAUAAGGGUGAAAUAGCCCAAGCAUACAUUGGUUUGAAAGAAACGAACAGACUCCCUGCUAUGGACUGCCAUGAGUUGAAUGAGGAUGGAGAGCUGUGGCUGGUUUAUGAAGGCUUAAAACAAGCCAACAGGCUCCUGGAAUCCCAGCUGCAGUCCCAGAAGAGGAGCCACGAGAACGAGGCAGAAGCCCUUCGCGGGGAGAUCCAGAGCCUGAAGGAGGAGAACAACCGGCAGCAGCAGCUGCUGGCCCAGAACCUGCAGCUGCCCCCGGAGGCCCGCAUCGAGGCCAGCCUGCAGCACGAGAUCACCAGGCUGACCAACGAGAACUUGUAUUUUGAGGAAUUAUAUGCAGAUGACCCUAAGAAGUAUCAGUCGUAUCGGAUUGCACUUUACAAACGGAUGAUUGAUCUAAUGGAACAACUUGAAAAACAAGAUAAGACUGUUCGGAAACUGAAAAAACAACUGAAAGUAUUUGCCAAAAAAAUUGGUGAACUAGAAGUGGGCCAGAUGGAGAACAUAUCACCAGGACAGAUCAUUGAUGAACCCAUCCGUCCAGUCAGCAUUCCCAGGAAAGAAAAGGAUUUCCAAGGAAUGCUGGAAUACAAGAAGGAGGAUGAACAAAAGCUUGUUAAGAACCUGAUUUUGGAACUGAAGCCACGUGGUGUGGCAGUCAACUUGAUUCCAGGGUUACCAGCGUAUAUCCUGUUCAUGUGUGUCCGACAUGCUGACUAUCUGAAUGAUGAUCAGAAAGUAAGGUCGUUGCUAACAUCAACAAUUAACAGCAUCAAAAAAGUAUUAAAGAAAAGAGGUGAUGAUUUCGAAACUGUCUCCUUCUGGCUCUCUAACACAUGCCGAUUUUUGCACUGUUUGAAGCAGUACAGUGGGGAAGAGGGCUUUAUGAAACACAACACAUCUCGCCAGAAUGAACACUGCCUCACCAAUUUUGACCUGGCAGAGUACCGGCAGGUGCUAAGUGACUUGGCUAUUCAGAUCUACCAGCAACUCGUGCGGGUGUUAGAGAACAUCCUUCAGCCCAUGAUUGUCUCCGGCAUGCUGGAGCAUGAAACCAUUCAGGGCGUGUCUGGGGUGAAGCCCACAGGGCUAAGAAAGCGAACCUCCAGCAUCGCGGACGAGGGCACCUACACGCUGGACUCCAUCCUCCGGCAGCUCAACUCCUUCCACUCGGUCCUGUGUCAGCACGGCAUGGACCCUGAACUGAUCAAGCAGGUGGUCAAGCAAAUGUUCUACAUCGUGGGGGCCGUCACCUUGAACAACCUCCUGCUGCGCAAGGACAUGUGCUCCUGGAGUAAAGGCAUGCAGAUCAGGUACAAUGUCAGUCAGCUGGAAGAAUGGCUUCGCGACAAGAACCUGAUGAAUAGCGGGGCUAAGGAAACCCUGGAACCGCUCAUUCAGGCUGCUCAGCUCUUGCAAGUGAAAAAGAAGACAGAUGACGAUGCAGAAGCCAUUUGUUCCAUGUGCAGUGCUCUAACUACUGCCCAGAUUGUCAAAGUAUUGAAUUUGUAUACUCCAGUUAAUGAGUUUGAAGAAAGAGUCUCUGUAUCGUUUAUUCGUACUAUACAGAUGCGUUUACGAGACAGGAAAGACUCGCCUCAGCUGCUCAUGGAUGCUAAACACAUCUUUCCUGUCACCUUUCCUUUCAACCCAUCCUCCCUCGCCCUGGAAACCAUCCAGAUUCCAGCCAGCCUGGGCCUGGGAUUCAUAUCACGGGUCUGAACGUGACGUGAUGCCAAGGCAAACAGGGACAGUAAGAACCCAUUAUUUCCAGUGAGCUACUGAACAGACAUUUUUAAAGAGAAAGCACUACUUAUCUUUCCAAUGAGAAGUUAUUAACUGGAAAUAUCCCUGAACACUUUCAUCACCAGGGGAUGAACGAUAGGCUUCUUUGUGCCGUGUUACCUUAAUAGCAACACUCAGCCUGGAUCAGUUAGGUAUCCCGAGGUACAUGCAGGUGAAUGACAGAAGGAGGGGGGGAAAAAAGGUCUCUAGCUGCCAGCAUUUGCUUUAGUCCUUAGCACUGCAUCUGAGUGGUAUGGUAAACAUGUAAAUUCCAGGUAUGAGUGUUGUUAGGAAAGCACCCACAAGGAGCCUCCCCGGCGCGGACCAGAAGAAUUGAAAGAAAAAUUGCCAUUGAGUACAUAUCAUAUCAGUUCAGGAAUCAGUUAUGUUGAUGUUGUCAAAGUGGAUCAAAGAAAUAAACUGGCAAUAUGUAAAGUACUUGUCAAGUAACUUCCUUCUAUGUGUCCCUAUGCUAUAGAGAUCUUAAGAGAAUAUUGGUUUGCCAUAUAGCAUAGAAGUGCAUUUGUACUGUAGUUUACUGAGCAUUUUAAAUUGCUGCUACAUACUGUGUUCUUUAAUAUAUAAGCGAUAUUCUCAUUAGGCACUAGAACAAUAAGCUUCUCUUUUAUCAACUCUGUUUACAAUUCAAUCAGAUCAGUUUUAACUGGAUUAUGUGCAAAUAUAUACAGAUUCACCUGCACAAGUAGCAGACACUGGCAAGUCAUGUAGAAAUAUGACAAAAUGUUUGACAUUUAGGGAUAGGAUUAGACAAAGUGGCUGUUGUUGAUGUCAUUAUUUAUUCAGAAUGUAUUACAUUGAUGUGCUCAUUAAUUUUCCCUGGGUGGAUAUCACAUCGGGGUACAGUGUUCUGUGAAGUGACUUAUUUUUAGUUCCCAGGCCAGAUUCCUGCACUGCAUAUUUUCAGUACUGACAGGUUUUCUUUCUUCUUCUUAAUUUAUUAAGAAUUAAUCUCAGUCACUAUCUAGAGAAGAUUCAGGUCUUGAAACCUUGAUUAUCCUAUAAAUUAUGCAAAAGAAGGUGUGUAAUAAAUAACUAUGGUUCCAUUUUUUUAAGCUUAGCAACUUCUAUAAAUGUUCUCAGUACCACUAGAUACUUUAAAGAGCAUCAUAUCAUAUUAGGAAUACUUUAAGACUUAUGUAAGAAAUAUCUGAAGAUGGCUAAAUUUUACAGAAGAUAUGUUUCAAUAAGACCCAGAUUCUGUAAGUUUCAUUCUGAAAUCCUAACUAAGCAUCUUCUCAGUUUUUCCUGGAAAUCCUAGACAGUGGGUCUUUCAGGUUGUGCAAGAACAAGUUCUUAGCUUUCAUUAGAAACUCUGGUUCUGAAUUAUAAACAUAGAUUUAUAUAACUUAACUGUUAGGUGGUCUAUGAAAAAUGACAUCUUAUUAAAACAUGUGCAAUACUAAUGGAAGUCAGUUUCAAAUCAUGAUAAAGAUUGUCAUUAAAAGAUUAACACUGUCUUUUAACUUAUUUGGGCCUCACAUUCCUCAUUUAUAUAGUAAGAAGGUUGGACCCUCGCACAUCUGGUUUCUCUCCUCUCAGCACUCGGAUCAUAGAGAAAUGAGGUGCAGUUACUCAGUGAAUUCACCCUUGAAUAGAAAGAUCAGUGUUUGGUGCCUCUUAAUCCUGGGGGAUUAAUUAAAUCUAAAAUCACAAGUUGGUGUAGCUAUAACCUUUCUCAAAUGUACAUGAUUUUUACAUGCUUUUUGAAAGUGGAUUCGUUUGGGUAAUUUUUACUGAAUCAUGUACUGCUGUAUUCAGGUUGGAUACAUUUAUUUAUUUGCAAAAUCAACCAAAAACACUACUGAUUCCUUCAGGUUCUCUUAGUUUUCACCAGUUGUCAAUGUGGUUUUCAAUGAACAAUGAGCUCUUGUAAUCUUUUGGUUAGUGCAGAAUGUGCCAGAAUACUGACUCAUUGCAUAGGGGAGAUGCUUUAAAAAAAAAAAAAAAAUUGCCACCAUGGUGUAGGCAGUCCAUCUUAGACCAGGAAAUCCUUCCAGGUCCUUUCCCAGCUUAGUCCCUGUGUAACAUGUCUUGUGCACAACCUGCAUCUUGUCGGGUCUUCAACAGCACACUGUAGCUUCUGCUGCCAUCGCAGUCUUUAGCCUGAAACAUCUCUCUCUUGUCUCCUGCCUUUCUGCUGGAAAGUGUUGGAAACUCUGUUCCACACCUGGGCCAGAAUCUCUCCUGUUCAGUGAUGGUCACACGAAGAUUCUACUGUUCCAGGCUCCACCUUCCUCUGAGGCCUUCCCAGGACCCCAGAUGGGGAUCUGAAUUAACUUCUCUUGGCAGCCUAAAUAUCUUCAGUCAUAACAAGAAUACCUUACAACCAGGGAGCUGCAAGACCUGGUAAAUGACUCCGUUUACUCCGUUACUUUCUGGAGGACACAACAGUAAUCUGCUGACUAGGGGUUUCCUUUAGCGCCUCUGAGGACAGCUCACCCUCUCUCCAAUCAGCUUUCUCACCCAGCUUCAAACCUACCUUCCCCAGCCCUCCACCCGCCCAUUCUACUGUUCACUCUUUCCCUUCUCUCAGCUGAGCCAUGCAUCACAUCACCCGCCUGCUCACCGACUCUGACUAUGUGGAAGGCAGUGAAUGGUGUCAGUCCUCAGAUGCCCCUCUGGCCUCCCUUCAGGCUGAUACUUGUUGUUCUCACUUCUCGGCAUCACGUUCUUUAACAUCAUCUCUAAUUUGCUUUUUCAUAUUUCCACUGUGACACACGGUGGGAAUUCAGAGAAAGAUCUUGAAAGAACACUGUUCUGUCUUAAUAGCUCCUUCUCAACAGUCUCCCCACUCACCUUACAUACAGACUCCGCUCAGAUCUUGGAAUGCAAGGCUGAAAAAUGAACCAUUGUCCUUGUAGCUAUUCUUAGGUUAAGACUUUGGUCUGCCUGACCUGAGCAUUAACCAGAGAAGGGGGAAGGUAAGGUCCACAAAGCGAUUGCUUUGGAAGUUUUUGAAAAAUCUCCAUGUACCUGACAUUUCUAUCAUCCAAGUCCAAAAGUGCAAAAAAAGAUCUAUUCCAAAGCCUACUGAAAGGAAAUUUGGAGAUUCCAGUCAGUUUGUACGAUUUGCUUUAUUGUCUUUGUUUUAGUGGAUAAUUGAGAGUUGAGUUGGCUCUUUCUGGGUGAGUAAUUUUGUGUUAUAGAGAUCAGAUCUUCUAGUAACAUGUGAGGGCGGCUCUGAAAAUAUGGGAAUUUCAGUGUAGUGAUUGUUUUAAGAAAAUACUCUCCUGAUACCUUAGGUAAAAGGGCACCUGUCCCAUCCUGAGAAAUCCUUACACAAUAUUCAUAUACCCACCUGCCCUCCCCUCUCUCUCUCCCCUGCUGCCUCCAUCUCUGCCUGUCUCUCUCUCUGUCUUUCUCUCGCUCUCUCACACAUACACACACAGAGUCACUAGAAUGUAGAGUUCCCCAGAAGACAUCAUCAAGGGUCCUCUGGGGAGCUUCCACUGUUUAGGAUGAAACCGAACGCAAAAAUGCAUGUGUGACCCUGACAUUCUAGUGCAGACCCAAACCUUGCACCUGGCUAUGCUUAGGUGCACGUCCUGUUACCUCAUUGUAUCCUCACAGCAGCGCUGGAAGGUUGGAAGGGUAGCUAUGACCCACUGACCGACUGUCACUUGCUGACGAUUAAUUGGAGAAAGAAAAGGUCAGAGACUUGCUGAGGUCACAUCACCCUCCGGCAACGCCCCUUUCCUGCCUGCAGCCAAGGCUGUGCAGUGGACAGGUGGAGGCAGGAGACUGAAAAGUCUCCAGGGGACAGUCUGUUUCUCCUGGUACCCAUGGGGUGCCCUGGGUCAGCGAGAGGUAUUCUUUUUCCUUCUUCUCUUAUCAGAAUUGGCAACUGGCAGAACUGGGAACUGAGCAAGUGCCAUGUGCCAGGUUCUUUGUGCUAACAAGAUGAAGUGCCCAGAGCCUGGCAGCUUUCUUCUCUGCCGUUCCCCCCUACACCUAGGUUUGAUUUUUCUGAUGAGUCAGGGCUCCCUUGGAGGGUGCAACACCCUGCCUUUAGGUCUUUAAUUCACAGCAGGCUGUCUCAACCUGCCAGGAAGCUGAGCAAGCCUCCCCAAAGUUAAGAGGUAGGUCACUCUCCAAGCCCACUCAGAGCCACAUUAGAGCCCCCAGGGGAGCUGAGCAGCCUGCACCCAAGACCCCAGGGCACCUUCGGAGGCCUGUCCCCAGGCAAGCCAUAUGCAAGUCCGUGUGUCUGAACCUUACCGUGUGUGCAUGCUGCCAGUGUUGACUCCAGAGCUAGGAGGUGUGCUCCCUGCAUGCGUGUUAGAGAGACUCCGCGUAUGGCUGUGGCCCCUGCUCAUGGAGAAGUGCGUUGUGAUUUCUUCUCAGGCUGUGCUGUGAGGACCGCCUUAACCCCUGCUCCCUUCCCUCAAGAGCUGCCUUAAGUUCUCUGGAACUUCUCCUCUGUAAGGGAUGGACUUACCUGGAGAGGACAUCUGGCCAUGUUUCUCAAGGUUUUGUGAGGGUUUGGGUUGGGCGGGGCCUCCAACCCUGAAUUCCUUUCUCUCCUUCCUGCAUGACUCUCCCUCCUGGGACUUUGCCUUCCUGUCUUUUUUGUUCUUUCCAAACAGGUACUACAACUCAGCACCAGUCUCAGAGCCGGUGAAUGUGGGCGGAGAGAGUGGUCCUGAGUUUGGGGGGCUUUGUGUCAGAAGGAAGCAAAUGAACAUAUGGAAGAAAUAGCUAACUUAGCUUCUUGGUAAUGCUUUAAUGGCAUGUUUUCUCCCUGAUCUUUUCUUAAUACAGAUUAAAGGGUACAACUGCAAAACUUCCAUGGACAUGCUUUAAAAUUUUUUUUAGGAACCCUGUACUAUAUAUAAAGGUUUGAAUGAAAACAGAGAAGAGUUCUGUUAAGUUCUAAUCCAUUGUAUUACCCUAAAUUAAAUCAACCUGGAGUUAUAUACAGUAGAUUUCUUAUUAAAUCAGGAACUGAAGGUACUCUGUCAAAUAGCUGCAAAGAUGCAUUUUAUACAUUUUUUUAAUUUUCUAAUUUGGUCUGGCAAAAAAUGUCCAUUAGCUUAACUUCAUGAGUGUCAUUAGCUUCCUAAAAUGAUUGAAAAUGACUAAUGUUUCCUCAAUAUUGUGAUACAGCUUGAAAUCUUUGAAAGAAACGUGUUUUUUGAGUGGAAACUGGUAUGUAUAAUUCAAUGCUUGGUAGGUCAGUACAUUUUCAUGCAUUUUUCAGUCAAUAGUUUCAAACAUCUUAUUGUUACCAUAUGUUACAAAACUUUAGCCUACAUUUCAGGCUCUCUGAAUCACUUGAGCCAUUUAAUAUUUUCCAACAAAUGGUGAAUUUUUCCUUCAAAUGUGGAUAUGUGUGUUGUAAUUUAUGAUUGCUGGUUAUAUAUUUUUGUGGACUCCUGGAGUAAUGUUCACUUUUUUUGCGUCCUUGGAAAAUUUAAAUUGCUCUACCAGUGUUACACAGAAAUGAGCUCAUCAUGACAUUUAACAUAUUGUAUUUGAAUUGCUAAUUCUAGUUAUUAAUUUACUGUGAAACAGAUGUGUCAUUUAACUACAAUGAAACUGAACAUUGCAGUUUUUCAAGUAUUUUUCCUUGUUGGAUCAGAAAAGGGAUUCCAUUUUGAUCUAUGUUGAAAAACAUGAUACAGUUAAUCCUUAAAAAUAUAUGUCCAUUAGGAAAGAAGCAGAAAUACUAAGAAGUGAAACGCAUUAUCAAAUAACUCUGGUUUUAAACUGAAACCGUCCCAGCAUAUCUCACAUGGAAUUUUUAAAAAUUAAGUAAUAAUUCACCUCAUAUCAACAAAAGCCAUUGAAACAUGGGUUUUCACCAGUUAUCAUCUAGUACUAAGAUGAAAACCAAAACAAUAUCAGAUUGACAUUUACGCUCUAAAUUUGUAGUUGUCUAAUGUUGUCCUUCGUAAAUGUGCGUCAUUAAUGCUGUAUUCUCCUAGCUAUUAUAGAAAAUUGUUCAAAUAAAGAUAUGGAAAUAAAA